AUGGAAACUAGCAUCUUUUCACAAGUGGAUAUUGAUGCUGAUGAAAUAAGUCAUUUGGACGAAGAUAAUUUAAUCGGCCAUGGUGCUCAUGGAAAGGUUUAUCGAAUCACGCUGAAGAAAAACAAGAUGGUUUGUGAAGCAAUUAGAGAAAGGAAUGCUAAGUACGAGGAAGCAUUAGAGAGAUUUGAGUCAGUUUUGGGAACAAAGCAGGAGCCCGAUGAAGCAGCAGUGGCAAGUUAUAAUGUUGGUUGUUGUUACUCUAAGCUAAACCAGUUAUCCCUCUAUAUAUGUAGAUUAAAUCCCUCAACCACAUUUUUCAAUGAUUAG